GCAUAUAUACUUCAAGUCUCCUAACACGCAAGAUCACAAGUGUUAUAGUGUCCGGCAAAAAAAUGAGAUUGCUAGUCGUAUCUCUAGUCUUUGUGGCGAUGAUCACUAUUGUGAAAACACAAAACGGAUAUGCGACCAAACCAGGUUCGUGUCCACCUGCCUUACCUGUGCAGUUCUGCGGACGAUCCUGUUACGUUGACGCACAUUGCGUGGGAAUCGGCAAAUGUUGUCAGACUCGAUGUGGCGGUUCCAUUUGCUCUAUGCCCGUCACGAUGACGCAAUCUCAAACAGAGAAACCAGGAUCUUGCCCAUUGGUACCGACAGGAAGAUGGGUAUGCACAUCGACUUGUAAUGGCGACAACGAUUGCAAAGGGACAUUAAAAUGUUGCAAAAAUAGAUGUGGAGCUCUAGCCUGUCAAAAACCAGAAAUACAAGUGCCCGAAUACGUCGAAAAUCCAGUUGAACCGAUUGUUUCACGUUUUGGAAACGAUUAUAUUGAUUACUAUCCCUAAUCUCGAUUUUUAUGUGCCUAUUACAUUUAUAUAAUAAUUAAUAAAUCUAGCACUGAUUCUCAUUAAAUAAUAAAAUAAUUUUUAGUAAUAA